AUGAUCCCGUCGCUGGCUUCCUCUCGGCGCUGGGGCUUGGCGCUGCUGCUGGCCAGCUACGUCGCCGUCUGGAGCUGCACGGCCAGCUCUGACCUGCUGCAGCUGCUGUCGCGCGCCCACUUCGACUUCACGUUGAACAUGUACGGCACGCUGGCCAACGUGACGGACGACCGGCAGCAGAACCUGCUGAUCUCGCCGUAUUCGGUGUUCUCGCUGCUGUCGAUGCUGUUCCUCGGCGCAGGCUCAGAGUCGCUGUCGUCGGCGCAGCUGCGCGCUGUCCUACGCUUCCACAACAUCAGCUACGCGAGCGUGCAGCGCGCCUUCAAGGAGGUGACGCAAGUGCUGGACAACCCCUACUACUACCGCCACUUCCAAGAGGAUGCCGACCUGCUGCUCACCAACGGGGUGACGCCGGCAGACGUCUACGCGCGCGCGCUCGACGAGUUCUACCGCCGCUCUGUCAACUAUCUCAACCUCGGAGCACCUUCGGCGCAGGAGGACCUGGCCACCUGGCUGAUGUCCGCCGCCGGAUCCGGCUCCGGCUCCGAUUCCGGCUCCGGCCCCGAUUCGCCCGUCGGCUCUGGCGUCCGCCAGCUGCCGGACCUGGAGGCGGCGUUGGCCGACAACCCCGUACUGCUGCUGGUCUCACGCGCUCACUUCCACGGCAGCUGGAUGCACCCGUUCGAUCCAGCGCGCACCUUCAGCAAGGGCCUCUUCUUCUCCAAGCCGUCGCAAAGGCUUACCAUGAUCCCGUCGCUGGCUUCCUCUCGGCGCUGGGGCUUGGCGCUGCUGCUGGCCAGCUACGUCGCCGUCUGGAGCUGCACGGCCAGCUCUGACCUGCUGCAGCUGCUGUCGCGCGCCCACUUCGACUUCACGUUGAACAUGUACGGCACGCUGGCCAACGUGACGGACGACCGGCAGCAGAACCUGCUGAUCUCGCCGUAUUCGGUGUUCUCGCUGCUGUCGAUGCUGUUCCUCGGCGCAGGCUCAGAGUCGCUGUCGUCGGCGCAGCUGCGCGCUGUCCUACGCUUCCACAACAUCAGCUACGCGAGCGUGCAGCGCGCCUUCAAGGAGGUGACGCAAGUGCUGGACAACCCCUACUACUACCGCCACUUCCAAGAGGAUGCCGACCUGCUGCUCACCAACGGGGUGACGCCGGCAGACGUCUACGCGCGCGCGCUCGACGAGUUCUACCGCCGCUCUGUCAACUAUCUCAACCUCGGAGCACCUUCGGCGCAGGAGGACCUGGCCACCUGGCUGAUGUCCGCCGCCGGAUCCGGCUCCGGCUCCGAUUCCGGCUCCGGCCCCGAUUCGCCCGUCGGCUCUGGCGUCCGCCAGCUGCCGGACCUGGAGGCGGCGUUGGCCGACAACCCCGUACUGCUGCUGGUCUCACGCGCUCACUUCCACGGCAGCUGGAUGCACCCGUUCGAUCCAGCGCGCACCUUCAGCAAGGGCCUCUUCUUCUCCAAGCCGUCGCAAAGGAUGGAGGUGCCCAUGAUGACGAGCAGGAUGCUGGUGCCACUCGGCUACAACAGCGACAUGGAGGCGCGCGUGCUAGAACUUCCGCUCAGCACCCGCCGCAUCUCCGUCUUCCUCUUGUUGCCGGACGACAUGGAGCACGGCCUGGCCCGGCUCGAGGCCAACCUCACCAUGGAUAACCUCCGCACGCUGCUUGCAACUCUCAAGGAGGUGAUAGUGAACGUGAAGCUGCCCCGGUUUCGGAUGGAGGGCUCCGGUGACCUCAGGAGGGUGCUGAGGACGCAGGGUCUGACGGACGUAUUUGACCCGGUUUCGUCCGACCUGACCGGUAUUGACCCUCAAGGUCGCGUACAUCCCGGACCGCUUCUGUACGCGGCGAGCCUGGUGCUGGACGAGACGGGCGACAGUGGCGACACCUCUGGCAGCCAGCAGAUGGCGCCGUCGGAGGACACGCGCAUCAGCGACAAGUACUUCGAGGUGGACCACCCGUUCCUGUUCCUCGUCUGGGACUACCACUCGGCCAUGGUGCUGCUGAUGGGCCGUGUGGUGCACCCGGAGCCGCUCUUCUAG